AUGGAGCCGGACGCGAUUCGACCUGAUCGCGACAAAACCGGGCGACAGAAAAAUCCUCGUCGAAGUGGAUCUGAAAGCAGUCCUGCGAAAAUGACAGCAGGAUCGGUAUCCUCGGAGCUGCCUUGCGUAACAUCGGAGAAGGACUGUGAUACAAGUGAAGGUGCUCGAACCUCAAUGCAGUCCGAAAAUACAUCUGGCUGCGGCAGCGAUUUGAAAGCAGCACCUCCAGUUGGCGAUGAAUCCAUUCUCGGAACGCUCUGUGAAAUUGAUGAUAUAUGUAACAAGCUUAAUGAUAGUCAUCCUGUGAUUCCUUGUGCUUCCAUCGCCUUGACUGAUGCAGUUUUACGCCCUGCACUCGUUGCUACACGAUCUCCGCUAAUUUUCGAUGGAUCUUUGGGUCCUGCUGGAUGCAAGGAAUUUUUCGGAAACUUAAGGCGUCUUAUUGUUUGGAUUUUUGAUUACGCAAAUACACUUAAACCUAUCGCCGAUCUCACGCCCAGCGAAAAGGUCACCUUCUUGCUCUCUGCCGUAUACUCAGUACUUCAUAAAAACUCACAAUCGUUAUGUUUUUGA